CUUGCGUUCUGUUCGUGUAGUCACUCAGUAGUGUCAUGGAGGUAACAUGGCCGAGGAGACGCGCCUAGUUCGCGUUGAGGAGAGGCUAAAAAUUAAAAUCGGUGAGGUAAAAAAUCUUUUAAGUCGAGGCCAUGGAUCCCCAGGAACACGAGAUGUCUAUUGUGCACUGUCACUUGAUCAAGAGGAAAUCUUUCGCACUAGUACGAUGGAACGAACUCUCAAUCCAUUCUUUGGUGAAGAGUUCCAGUUUGAGGUGCCGCGAAAGUUCCGCUACCUCGGUAUUUACGUUUAUGACCGUGACAGACACUUGAAACAAGAUAAGAUCCUGGGAAAAGUGGCGAUUAAACGUGAAGAUUUAGCAACGUACCAUAACAAAGAACAUUGGUUUCCAUUGAGGCCAGUUGAUGCUGACUCAGAAGUACAGGGUAAAGCACAUCUGGAGCUUGCACUACAGCCCCAAGUUAAUCACGCACAGCCUAAACUUACAGUACGAGUUAUUGAGUGUAGUGAAUUGACUAUUAAAAAUGGUGGUUGUGAUCCAUUUGCAAUCGUUACGGUGAUUUACAGUAAUGGUAAACAAAUAAGUAAACGUACAAAAGUUAAAAAAAAGACUGUGUCGCCGUACUUUAAUGAAAUAUUUAUAUUUGAACCGGAAUUGAUUGAGCCAAAAGACAAAGAUGUUUCCCACUACUCUAUUGACGGUGGAGAAGUUGGUGAAGUUGUUGUAGGGCUUUGGCACGCUUCACCAGGAAUGGGUGAACAAUCAGCAUUUCUUGGUGAAGUUCGCGUUACUUUAAGAGGCCUGAAAAAACAACCCACUAGCACAACAACUGCUUGGUAUUUCCUGCAACCGCGGGCAGCCAAACACCGUCCAAGUAAAAUAACACAGAAUUCAACACCACCGGGAACGCUACCAGAUCUUGGGUCGUUACGUUUGAAGAUACAUUACACAGCAGACCAUGUAUUUCCAUCUGAAAUGUAUGAUAGAUUACGUAGUUUACUGUUACAAAGUGUUAAUAUUCAACCGAUAACGUCUUCAGCGGUUUAUAUACUUGGCGAAAUAGUUGCUAGUAAAAUGGAAGCUGCUCAACCCUUGGUUAGGGUCUUGGUACAUCAUGGGCAACUAGUAUCUGUUAUGAGAGCGUUAGCUAGUCAUGAAAUCUCAAAAUUAACGGAUCCCACGACAAUUUUCCGUGGUAAUACGCUGGUCAGUAAGAUGAUGGAUGAAGGUAUGCGAUUAGCUGGACUUCAUUAUCUUCAUAGUACCUUGAGGCCAGCUAUGGAGCAGGUUUUUCUCGAAAAAAAGCCAUGUGAAAUUGAUCCUACGCGAGUUAAAGAUGCCAAUACAAUUCAAACUAAUUUGGCUAAUUUAAAGGAGUACGUAGAACGUGUAUUUACAGCAAUAACGACAUCAGGUGUACGAUGUCCACCAUUAAUGUGUGAAAUGUUUUGGUGCUUAAGAGAACUUGCUGCUACUUAUUUCCCAAAGAAUAAAGAAGUGCGAUACUCGGUUAUUAGCGGAUUUAUAUUUCUCAGGUUUUUCGCUCCUGCGAUACUAGGUCCAAGAUUAUUUGACAUAACAACUGAACAAAUUGAUUCUCAAACGAAUAGAACAUUAACGCUUAUUUCAAAGACAAUCCAGAGCUUAGGAAAUUUGGUUAGUUGUCGAGGUGGUGCUGGAAGUGUCUGUAAAGAAGAGUACAUGGAAGGCGUGUAUAGAGAAUUUUAUACAGAAAAACAUAUACAAGCUGUAAAACAAUUUUUAGAAUUAAUUUCAACUAGUAGUAGUAGUGGUAUGACUCGGCAAAGACCGACAAUUCUUCAAGAACAACCAGUAGUUUUAAAAGAAGGAGUAAUGAUCAAAAGAGCACAAGGUCGUAAACGUUUUGGACGUAAGAAUUUUAAACAAAGAUAUUUUAGACUGACUACGCAAGAUUUGACCUACUCAAAAACAAAAGGGAAGGAGCCAUUGUGUAGAAUAUUAUUGGAAGAAAUAUUGGCUGUGGAGAGAUUACAUGAAGACUCAUUUAAAAUGAAAAAUAUGUUUCAAAUAGUACAACCACAACGUGCAUUAUAUGUACAAGCUGGUAAUUGCGUUGAGGAAAAAGAAUGGAUUGACAUACUUACUAAAAUCUGUCAUACAAACAGUAACAGACUAGAGAGGUAUCAUCCGAGCGCUUACAUCAACGGCCACUGGCUGUGCUGUCGAGCAAUUUCUGAGGUAGCUCCUGGCUGCAGUGAAGUGUCUCCAGGUAUUGAAGCAGGUUUGAGAAUGGUCCUGGAUCCAGACCGCGAUCUGCAGAGGAUUCAUUCACUUAUCUUCACUAAUAUGCCGAGAUUAGAGACAUUGAUGAGUGCAUGUGAAUGUCAAGCAGUCUAUGGUGCCAGUGAAAUGUGUGUUUUACCAGGUGGUGGUUCACCAAUUGAAGAUGUACCUUCGUGUUUUAAAACACUCACUGCAUUAAGAGAAGCUGCAUUUGCAUUGCAACAUGAACAUCGUGCUUACUUUAGGAAAUUAGCUCGUGACACCAAAUAUGGAAGCAAACAAGCACCAAUUGGUGAUGACAACUACCUCCACUUAGCUGCAAGAGCCGGAUUUGAUAAUCAGCUUACGAAACGUUCUGCCUAUACAGACUCUGAUGGCCUCAAUCAACGAUGCAUAGAAGCAGGAUUCUAUGACGGUUUUACACGUCGUAUUGAGACGGAUCGUAGAUACGAUGAAUCAUUACGAAAGUGUUUGGAUUCAGAUUCAAUAAAUCGUAGGUAUGAAAAUGAAAAUAAUACAUUGAAACUCUAUGAGAGUAAUACAGAACGAAAUGAUCUCAAUAAAUUUGACCGUAGUUUGAACAAUACAUUAAAAUCAGAUAGAGUCGUUGAAAGAAAUGGUAAUGAAAAUUUAGAAAAUCAUAGGCGAAUGGAAAUGAAUAAUUUAUUAAGCAGUGAGGGUGUCAGUUUAUCGGGUUCAUUGUCUAGGAAAUUGAGUAAUUAUGAUAAUGUUAAAAAAUUAAAUAAUGACAGUUCAUUAUCAUGGAGAAUAAGAGAUGAUGCGUCUGAUAUAUCAUCCAGUUCUAUGAGUGGUCGUGGAAAUAAUUGAAUUUUUUUUAUUGAUUAUUUAAUUACUAUUAAUUAAUUAGUAAUAUAACAAAAACCAGUGAAAAUAAUAUUCUUCUCUUCCAUGAAAUUAAUGUAUGCCGCACUUGAAUGCUGAUAAUUGUUUAAAUUUAUACGUUAAAUCAUCGAUUAUUAAUAACUCAUCUGUUCAUUUUCAUCCCUUACAAUUAUUGUUAUGACUACGUUAAUUAUUUUAUUAUUAAUAUCAUAAUUAUUAUUAAUACGCACAUUUGUAUAAUUGAUAUUAAUUACUUUAUUAAUUAAUUUAAGUGUUAGGAAAAACAAACAAAACAUAACGAAUGUUAUUUAUAAAAAAAAUCUUUUACUAUUUAUUUAUUUUUAUUUAUUUUAAAAGUUGUCACGAUUUAUUAUUUUUAAUUAUUAAUUAUUAUUACUUGUAAACACGUGACAAGUGUAAGAAACUGUAAAUUCAAUAAUGUUGAUGAUUAUUAAAGUGUCAAUGGACUACAUAAAAAAAAAAAGAAACGUAAUCUCAAUUUAUCAAAGUUUAUCUUUUAUAUCAUCACGAUAAUAAUGGUGCUCAAUUAAUCUGAUUAAUGAGUUUAACGCCACGUUAACUUUGAUAGAAAAAAAAUUAAAUAUCAUCAAUUUAUAUUUUUCUUUCAAUCAUUCAUUCAUUAAUAGUUUUUUACUGGAGUUAAUGACUCAUUAUAAAAAAAAAAUUCAUUUUUAAGUAAAUGAUUUCGUUUAUUUAACGAUAAGACCAAAUAAAUUUAAAAAAAUAAUAAUAAACAGCAAAUAAAAUUCAUCCAAUUUAUUUGCUACUACAUAAUCAAGCUCGAUCUCUUGAAUUGAUAAGUUGUUUUUAUUCAUUAAUUCUAAUUACAUUUAAAUUAAAUAAAAAGAUCUAAUUUUGAACUGAUUGUAGGUAUUAGGAUCUGAUACUUUUUUUACGAUACGUCGCGCAAUUUUUUUUUUUUAUUACUGAGCACAAAGAUAAACAAUUUAUAAACAGCUGUUACAAAUUGUCUUUAAUGUAAUCUAAUUUAUUAUUAUUUUUUUUUUUCGACUAAAAAUAGAUACAAAUUAAAAAAUGACAUAAAAUCUAGAUUAAUUAUUUAUUUAUAUAUUUUCUUUGUAAUUAUAAUUAUAAUUGCAGAUAUUUUUUUUUAAUUAAAAAAUUUGAUAAAUAUUUGCAUUUAUUAUUUUUAUAAAAUUUAAUUUAAAAAAAAGUAUAACAAUAAAUCUUUAAUAAUGAAGAUUGAGAAUACGUUGAAGCAGUAGUUGACGUAAAGUGAAAUAAAAAAAAGAGGCUUGAUAAUUGUAAUUAUAAAUUAGAAUGAAAAUUUUAAAUUUUGUGUCGUUAGAAAAAUAUUUUUUAAAAAAUCGGUGUAGAAUCCCUCCAUUGUAGUAAGCGUUAAUUAAUAAUUAGCCUUGAGAUAUUAAUUAAGCUAAUUGUGAAUUGUAAAACACCAAUUAAGAAUACCAAGAAAAAAGUUGUCGUUAAUAUUCAAUAUAUUAUUAAUUAAUUUAUAUAUCUUAUUAUAACUUAUUGGAUAUAAAAAAGAAGAAAAAAAAACUUAUAAGAUUGAUCCAAUAAAUGUACAGUGUACAGAAUUCAUCUAUGUCCAGAUAUAUAGAUUUAUUAUAUAGAUCUAAACAAAUUCUUUCGUUGUCUCUCUUUAUGAUUACUUUAAUUAUUAGUAAUAAUAUUAUUAUUAUUGUAGAAUUAAAUUUUAAAAAAAUUAUAAGUAAUAAUUUUUAUUGUCCGUUAGUAUUUAAAUAUUAUUUAGUGUACAGAUUUAUAUAAUUAUAAGAU